AUGAGCAGUCUCUUCUCCUCGGUCGCCUCCUACACAACCCGCGGGGAACUGGCAGCCGGGAUGAUCCCGGAGCCCGACGACGCCAUCGCCUUCCUCUACGACCACUCACAGGUUCAGCAGUUCGAGCUGCGGCUCAGCCCGGAGAACAUGAAGUUCCUCGACGACGAUCCCACCGCGGAGGAGUGGGUCCCCGGAACGUUGGUCUACGAGGGAGUCAGCUACGACAAGGUGGGCAUCCGCUACAAGGGGAGUGUCGGCUCCUGGAUCGGUUGUGUGGAGAACGCGACGCCCGAUAAAAUGGCGGCCGGAGAACUGGACAUCUCUGGUGCUCGCGUUUGCUCCAAGCUGUCGCUCAAGGUGUCCUUCAACAAAUAUGACAAGGAAGGCCGAUUCUUUGGCGUAAAAAAGCUGCUGUUUCAUUCGAUGAACAACGACCCCUCCCAACUAAGGGACCGACUCGCCUACCAGCUCUUCCGCUGGAUGGGCGUCGCCGCUCCACGAGCCAACCACGCUAUCGUCACCAUCAAUGGGCGGACGGGACUUUACGCCAACAUCGAGUCGGUCGACGGCCGCUUCACGCGCAGCCGCUUCGCAACCGGGCCAGACGAUGGCGAGGGCAACCUCUACAAGGAGGUGUGGCCGACCGCCGGCGCGCUCCCUCUCGCCCCACUGACGAAGGAGCGGCUGCACGAUGCGCUCGAGACGAAUGAGGACGAGGCGUCGGUCGACGACAUCCUCCUCUUCAAUGAGCUCAUCAUCGACGACUGGCUCAAGGCCAGUGGCAACAAAGAGGGGUCGCCUCGCCGCCAUCUUGAGAGGUACUUUAAUGUCCCCAACCUGGCCAGCUUCUUCGCCGUCGACCGCACCAUCCGCGCGGACGAUGGCCCCUUCCACUUCUACUGUAGCCCCGAGGGGUUCCUCUUCGUCACCGAUGAGUGGGACAACACCGAGGCCAAGUGCGAGCCUCAUGGCGCUGAGGGGCCCGGGCUCAUGCAGAUGCCUCCCUCCUGCGACCCGCUGAUCCGCACCAUGGCCGAGAGCUACAAGGGCGAGUACGAAGCCGCCGUCGACCGCCUGCUGUCCGGUCCUUUUAGUGCCGCCACCGUUGACGAGAGCCUCGAGCGGUGGAGUGGCCAAAUCCGAGAGCUGGUCGCCGAGCUCUACUCAAAGGACGCGGGGCUCAUCUCGCCUGCCGACUGGGACGCGGGCCUGGAGGAACUCAAGUCGCGCGUCUACUUGUUGCGCGCCAUGGCGAGCGGAGAUGUCACCUUCAAGGCCCGGGCGCGCGGGGGACCGGCAGCGGCAGAGGCGAAGGGCUUGGACACCGAGUUUUUCUCCUUUUUCGCCACCUGUGGAGUCUAA